AAUCAAGAGAAAAAGUUGCUUCCUUAAGUAUGUAUAUAUUAUAUUAUACGUCAGUCCAAUUUCAUAAAAUGUUGCAUGAUAUGUCGCGCUUGUGUACAAGAGCGUGAUUUAAAGCAGUCUUGAAAUAAAGCGGUCAAAAACGUAAAUAUAGUGCGAUUUGUAUUACUGCAUUAUUAUAUGAAUUAUUGGCAGUUAUUCAAUGAAUUCAUAUAUCGAUAUACUAGUAAUAAAUAGUAGAUAUAAUCGUGUAAUAUAAAAAUCAUACGGUCCAAACGCAUAAGUACAUGAUAUCCACAUCUGUAAAAUGUCGCGUCUGUUUAAUUUACGAUUUUGUUCAAUUAUAAAAAGGAAUAAAAAUUCAACGACUCUGAUGAAUAAAGGAAAUUUAUGGACAGCAAAUGAAAUAAAAAGUGUAUUCCAUCAAAAUGGUAAAGGUUAUGCCCAGCUCUAUUGGAAACUUCAGGAACACAUGUAUCCAUUAUAUAAAUUUUUGGAUAUACUUAAAUCGAAGGAAAUUCGUCCUUUAUUAAGAAGAAUGAAAGUCUUACGAAAUAAAUAUGACAUUAAUGAUGAAAAAAAAAAUUUCAGAAACAUAGGAUUUAUACUGGGUGGUAUUGGUAUAACCAUAGCUCUUUGCGAAGCCAAAAAUCACAGAGAUAAACAGUUUUUUCUGGCUGCAAAAUAUGGCAAUAUUCGAGAGUUAACGAAUAUUAUAAAAGAAGGUAUUGAUGUAAAUAUGCGCCAUCCAUUAGGUUGGACAGCAUUGCAUCUUGCUGCUAUUAAUGCAAAACCAGAGGUUGUGAAACUUUUAUUGAAACACGGAGCAGAUGCUAAUCUUCAAGAUGAAUUCAUUAACGUUUAUGGAACUGCUAUAGAAAAAGGAUUACAUACUUUGGAUGUGCUCAUGAUAAGGGAGGAAGAAUUUUGCGAUCAUUUGAAUAGUAGGGCCACUUUCAAAGGUUUUACAGCAUUACAUUAUGCUGUUUUAGCAGACUCUAAGCCUUGCGUACAAGCAUUAUUAGAAGCAGGAGCCGAUCCAACAAUGAAAAAUGAAUCAGGACAUAGAGCAGUAGAAUAUGCUAAAGAUGGAGAACUCAAAGAAAUGCUUAUAAAACGUGCGAUAAAAUAUGAUGAAAUAACGAAGGAAAAAGAAUUAGAAGAACGUCGUAGAUUUCCACUAGAGCAACGUUUGAGACAGUAUAUCGUUGGACAAACUGGAGCAAUAUCUAUCGUUGCAUCUACUAUUAGAAGGAAAGAGAAUGGAUGGAUAGAUGAAAAACACCCCUUGGUAUUUCUUUUCUUAGGUUCAUCAGGAAUUGGAAAAACCGAAUUGGCUAAGCAAUUAGCUGCAUAUAUACAUAAAAAUAAACAGGAAGGAUUUAUUCGAUUGGAUAUGUCAGAGUAUCAAGAGAAACAUGAAGUUGCUAAACUGAUUGGUGCGCCACCAGGAUAUGUCGGCCAUGAUGACGGUGGACAAUUAACAAAACUUUUAAGGAAAUGUCCAAAUGCUGUUGUAUUAUUUGACGAGGUUGAUAAAGCACACCCCGAUGUACUUACUGUUUUGUUACAAUUGUUCGAUGAAGGAAGACUCACUGACGGUAAAGGUAAAACAAUCGAAUGCAAAAAUGCAAUUUUUAUAAUGACAUCAAAUUUGGCAAGCGAAGUAAUCGCUGAUCACGCGGUACACCUUAGAGAAGAAGCUCAACGUGUAAUGGAGCAAAAACUGGAUAAGAAUGUUGACACAGAGGAAGAUCCAGAACACAUUGAAAUAUCUCGUAAAUUUAAAGACGAAGUAGUGAGGCCGAUAUUGAAGUCACACUUUGGUAGAGACGAGUUUUUGGGUAGAAUAAAUGAAAUCGUAUACUUUUUACCAUUUUCUCAAUCUGAACUUAUAUCGUUAGUUGUAAAAGAAUUGGAAACUUGGGCAGAUCGUGCGAAGAAAAGGCAUAAAAUAGAAUUGAAAUGGAAUAGAGAAGUUCUGUCACUUUUAGCCGAAGGAUACGACACUCAUUACGGAGCACGCUCUAUUAAGUACGAAAUUGAAAGACGCGUUGUUAACCAAUUAGCUGCUGCUCAUGAACGAGGCCAAUUAGAAAAGGGAUGUUGCGUAUUACUUAAAGUCAAAUGGUAUAAAAAUGGUGCGAAUAUAGCGUUAUCAAUACGACGCAAAGGUGCAAAAGAUUUUGUCGAUCUUUCUACAGAGAAUUUGACAACAAAUGUAAAUUCGACAUUUUAAUAGCAUAAAAGAUUAUUGCAGGUGUACAAUUUCAACAACUGUAGAAAAUGUAUUAUAGCUUGAUCUCAUAGUGCGUAUAAAUAAAAAAAUUUGGGAUGUUUUGUAUUAUUUAUUGUAGAGAUGAAACAAUGUUUGUAAUAAUAAUAUAUGUUUAAUGAUGCGCGAUAAUUUUGAGAUCCAUAACGAAACAAAAUGUAAAUAAAAAUGAUAAAAUCCAUCAUA